GGUUUCCAAGUGAUUUCGAAGUUCAAACUUUUGAUGAUUCUUUGAACCACUGUUGUAAUCCACGAAGUGUAAAAUAACAGCUACACCACCAACGUCCAUCUCGAUCCUGAAGCCUAAGGCAUCUCCGGUCGAGUUCGCCUUGUCUAUACUGUAAUUCAAAGUUCCAGCUCGACUGGAAAUAACCAUAUCUGUUAUUGUAACAACAUGAAUCUGAACGGCGUUCUCUACGCUUCUUUCCUCCUUCCGGUCUUCUUCACUAUCGAAUGCACCAGAGGCGUUCUCUACGUCUCUGACAGAACGCCUGGCAGCGGUCCAUUGCGCUUGGUCGUCUUACUGCUCAACAUCCUCGCCUUUGGCCCGCUCCGAGUGAUUUUUGGGUGGGUGUUGUUGGUCGUGUGGUUGCCUGUCCGAGCUACUUUGUGGUUCAUGGGUAUAGGAAGGGGAGCGCCAAAGAAAGGCUCGGCAGCUGCGACAGCGCGAUUCUAUGAAUUCAAGAAGAGACGAGCUAGGAACAGGCGAGGGGAUCCAAGUUGAUUUGGAAGACCUUGAGGUAUUGUUGAUUGUAUGUACCUCUAGAAGUGUAUUGUGUCUUGCACUAGUACCACUGUACAUUGUUGUUUCAUGGUUGUUGUCGUUUUAUCUUAUAUUUAUGCUCUCUUUCGAAGUGUAGCUUCCCUGCAGGAGCCAUUAAACCCUACAUAGACUCAACGUUGUCAACACCGAACAAAAUGCUAUAUCAUUAUUACUCAUGGAAAGGUGAAAACCCCCGUUGAAAUUGCACAGGAUGAAGUAUAUGAGGGCAUAUUCGAGGACCUAACUUCGAGACUUAGUCUUUCGUCCCUCUUGGAUUUACCUCUGGUCGCUUUGUCGAAUGGCCAGACGCGUCGAGCACGCAUUGUAAAGGCUAUUUUGUCUCAACCGGAACUCCUCG